AUGACAACAAUUAGUCUAACACCAGCAGAAAAGAAAACAAUUGAAACCAUUCUAACACAAAGAAAUGAAGUUGGAAAGAUAAUAUCAAAAGUUACAAUAUUGUCUCAAGACAAGAAAAAAAAACCAGAGGAAAAGAUAUUAAUACUUGGUACCAAUAGAAUCUUUUUCUUUAAAGAAAAGGGUAAAUUGGAGGAGGAUUAUCAUUUAUUGGAUUGUAUUGAAAUCAAUAGUCCAUUGGAAAAUGAAAUAUCAAUCAAAUUUAGAAAUCAAAAUUUGAUCAAAUUUACAACUAUAGAUACAGGUGAUAUUUUAAAAAAUCUAUAUACCUCUAUUGUUACUACUUUUCCUGGAUUGGUCAUUGGAAAAGCUUUAAUUUUUACUGUUCUUCCUGAAUCUAGAUUAAUUUCAAUUUUUCAAAAUGCAUCAUUAGAUAAUCAAACAGGAGGAUGUGGAUCAUUUUCAUUAACAUAUAGAUCAAUUUGUGAUUAUAUUGGAGCAGUACCACUGUCAAGUAUUUUAUGGGAUGUAGAGAAUCUGUUACCAUUCAAUUCUGUAAAAGAAAUCAAUGUAAAUGAAAUUUAUGGAUUGGGACCAUUGGAUUUAAAGGCAAUCUUGAUGUCAUUAUCUUACAAUACCUAUUUUCACAGUUUUGUUGCCAACAAUUGUAAAUUAUCAUCUGAAGAUAUCACUCAUUUGGCAGAUUCUCUCAAAACCAAUACCUCUCUUCAAAAACUUUAUCUUUCAAAUAUUCAAACUUCAAAAGAAUCAAUUAUUAGUUUUCUAACUAUACUUGCUGAAAACAAAAUUAUUAAAAUUAAUACUAUUAAUUUAUCAAAUAAUAUAUUAGAGUCAAAAGGAAUAAUAACAUUGGGAGCAGCAAUUCAAUCAUUUUCAACAGGAUUAAGUUAUUUAAAUAUUUCAGAUACAAAUGCAAGUGUAAAAGGACUGGAAGCAUUAUUUACAUCAUUAUUACCAAGUUCAACUGCUUCAACAUUGAAUUAUUUAAAUAUUUCAAAUAACAAAUUGGAACAACUUGGUACUGUUGCUUUAUGUAAAUUUUUAACAAAAUCUACUCAAUUGACAACGUUGAUAAUGUCCAAUACAUCGCCAGUAUUUGGUCAACUUAGAACAACAAGUCCAUCCAUUGAAAUAUUGGAUUUUUCUGGUAAUCGUCCUUCAACAUCAAAGGAAGGUAUUGUAGAGUUGCUUAGUUUUUUCAAACAAAUGCCAAAACUAAAAGAAAUCAAUCUUGCUCGUAUUGGAAUCACUGGUGAUGAUAUUAAAAUUCUCUUUUCACCUGCUACAUCGUUGCCAAAAUGUCCUCAUGUCGAUCUAUCAGACAAUGACCUUGGUGAUGAAGGUAUUUUAAAACUUUGUGAAGUCAUGUAUCCAAAUUCUAAUCUACGUCAUCUUGCCAUUGACAAUAAUUUCAAGAAUCGUUCAAAACAACGUUCUCGUGCAAUCGAAGCAAUUUGUAAUUUAAUUGAAGAUAAUAAUAAUAUCGAAUCCCUCUCAAUUGCAAAUACCAUAAAUGGUAAAGGUUUAAAAACUGAUCUAGUCCCUUUAAUCCUAACUUUAUUAAAAAAUCAAUCUUUAUUAAAAUUGGAUAUUAGUGGAAAUUCAUCAGGAGAUGCAGGAGCAUUAGCAUUGGUUAAAGUAUUAUGGAGAAAUGAAACAUUGAGAUCAAUCAAGAUUGAUGGAAAUGAUUUUACAUUUACAGCAUACAAGAUGAUUAAAAAUUCAAUUAAAAGAAAUCCAAAAUCAAUUACAUUACUUUCAAUGCCAUUGGCAGAUAUUGGUUCAAUGUUGGCAUCAGACAAGGCAAAUGGAUCUGAAAAGAUUCAUAAAACUUUGGUUGAAUUACAAAAUAAUAUUACUAGUAACGGUACUAUCGAUCAAGCAACCAACUCCUCUUCCUCCUCUUCCUCCUCUACUGCAGUACCAAGGCCAUCACCAAGAAAAUUACCAGCUAUUCCUCAAGCUGCUAUUGGUAAACCAUCACCUACACCAACAUCAGUAGUUGGAGGUCCAACUAUUAAACGACCAAUUAGAGGUCCACUUUAUCCAGGUAGAUCAACUACCAAUACUUUAUCUUCUUCUUCAUCUUCAUCAUCUUCUUCCUCCUCUAUUGAUAUACCAUCAAUUGUAUCAAGAUCAGUAGAUUUUUUAAUUGCAAAAGGAUUAAAAUGUGUUGGAUUAUUUAGAACUUGUGCAAGUGCAGUUUUAUUAAAGAAAUUAAAAGCAAGAUUUGAAGCUGGUGAAGAUAUUGAUUUGGUGGCAGAAGGUAUUGAUCAUGAUACAGUUGCUGGUGUAUUAAAGAGUUAUUUUAGAGAAUUACCAGUUCCUAUAUUCCAAGAAUCUUUACAUCCAAAAUUCUUUCAAGCUUCUCAACUCGGUAGUUUGGCUGAAAAGGUAGCUGCCUAUCGUGAUAUUAUGGAAAAUCACUUACAACCAAAAGAAAGUAAAAUGGUUAAAAAACUUUUCCUAUUACUCCACAAGGUUUCACUUGAAAAAGAAGAGAAUAUGAUGUCUGCUGAAAAUAUUGCCAUUUGUUGGGCACCAACUCUUUUUAGAUCAUUUGCUUCAGAACUAUUACCAAUCAAUGCUUUUCUAAUGGUUCAUUAUUUUGAAAUUUUCGAUCCUGAAAAUGCUCCCAAAGUAAAUAUUCCAACUGUACCCAUUUCUUCAUCCUCUUCUUCACAUAAAUCAUUAGGAUCAAGUGGUGGAAUUAAACGUCUCAGUGCAAAUGUACCAGGUCAACGUCUUAGUUUGGGUAGUGCUGCUGGUACUCGUACAAGUGGAGGUUUAUCAUCUGAAAGAUCUCUAGAUUCCUCAGCAGAUACCUCUAGUAAUGGUAGUAGUAGUAGUGGUGACAAUUCAACACCAAAUCAAUCACCACCUGGAUCACCCAUUUUGGAUGGUCAUGCUACACUUAAAAAACGAUUCUCUCGUGUCUCUCGUAUCUCUUAUUCUCCCGUACUUCCUCGUGCUGCUUGGGGUGAAUCAUCAAGAACAAUCUCUUCUCUUUUCCAAGAAGAUGAUUUACAAUCAAUUGAUCAAAAUUAA